AUGAGUAGCUCUCUGCCAGCACCGCAUGAAGAGUGGUACGCAGUCAACGGCGAAGCUUCCGAAUGGGAAAACCAUCGUCGGCAGCCGAUAGACUCUGUAGAAGACGUAUGUGAGAAAGAUGGUGUAGACGAAACCUGCAAUGUGGGUGCGCAGAGGAAGAGACAUAGGUGUGAUACACCCUCGACUUUCUCUGGAGAGUCGGUAUGGUGGGCUAGAGAUGAUGACACUGGAGCAAGUCAGCAGUACACAGUCGGAAAGGCGGUCUCCAAAGAUCAAAAAUAUGUUGAAGAGUCCCCAGGUAGCCUCAAGGGCAUGGACCAGCAUACACCUAGCAGGAUCUGCAAUCAGCUUGCGGGUCCCAGGGAUUUUUUUAGCUCAGAUAGUAUGUGUAGCGUCCCGGACGGCUCCUGGCCGCGUCAGCACAAUCCUUCUCUCGGUCCCGUGUCAUUUUCAAGUGGCGCCUCCCCUCAGUUUUCGUUCGCAUCCUCGACAAGCUCUACUGUCGUCUCUCCUUCUCUGGCUUUCGUUGAUCGCGUGAGAUUCGGUACCAGCGGUGACUGUCCAAAGCUACAGGACGCGACGGCGGCGCAUUCCACUGGAGACUGCCUUCAUCCGAUGACAGUCCACCCGGUGACAGCUUAUCAAUCCAGCAAUCGGCUGCCUCUCCCGUUUUCUCCGUCAGUCGGUGUCUCUCUGGCGCCUGCAGCCCCAGGCCACCCUGGAUGCGAUCCCGCUCCCCAUUACUCUACCCGUGGCCUUUCUGCUUCAGAGCCGCUUGUAUCUUCGCUCCAUGAGGAUGCUUCCGUUUCGCGUCAGUUAGCUACUGCUGAGCCUUCCCUGGUGGGCGCGCAUGUGAUCGGAUGUCCUCCGUCGGGUUUUGCUCUUCCUCUGACUCUACCACAUCCACAGGUGUCGUCUCAUCCCUCUGCGUCACUACCUUUUGGUUCAUUGCUGCACGGUCACUACUCCGCAGACGGGUAUAUCAUCAAUAACGAUGGAUCUCAAAGCCGCAUGGGACCGCAGGCACCACACGUGUUUCCUUAUUCGUUUGGGCCUGGUGGUAUAUCGGAAUACGGUGGCUAUCUGCCUGAAAGGUCGGCGGCUCACCGUCUUGAUGCAUCACAAGGAAUAGAAGCUCCGGAGAAGCAGGAUGCUUGCACCGCUAGCUCCCAGAAGAUGGCAACAGCCAUUCAAAACGGACGUAGGAGCAGGGCUGCAAGUAAGGCACGUAAAUUCUCGGCCAGGAAGCAGCGUGCAAAACGCGCUACGAGGCCUUCAGGGGCGACUGUGCAGUCAGCUGAUGCGAUGUCAAACGUAAGAGACAAAAAUGCGUCUGGCGGCUCCGACGCGGGGGCUCGGCCAGCUGUGCGACAGAAGAGGGGACGACGAAUCGAGGGCGGAGCGGCAAACACCAAGCCAGAUAUUGCAGUGGACACAGAAGAAAGGAAAACUAGUGGAACCUGGAGCGCUCCCGGCACUACAUGCCACACACACGUAGGGCCUACAUUUGCUGCCCACGUGCCGUCUGUGUGCGCAUCCCUGUUCUACAAGAACAUCGCUACUUCUCCCCUUCACAUGUCGAGCCCCUCUUCAUCAGGCGUGCUUCAGAGUCCUGUGCUGGUGUCUUCUCACGAAGCGUCGCCUCCCUUGGGCUCUGUUUCUGUUGACGCAAGCGCUGUUGAAGCGUGGACUACGACGCAGGAGAACCCUGGGCGACGCUCACACUUCUUUUCACAGCCGGAUCAGUAUCACACUCUCUUAGAGUCUUUCCGGGCCUUUACGGGCAGCACCCGCCCGCAGCUUCCCCUACCAAUCAGAGCAGCGAUGAGAGAGAACUGUGGGCCGUCUAAUACUGACGGUGCUGUGACAGAACCUGGAUGCUACACUCCUUCCAGUGCUUUCCCGUUGCCGUCUACGCCGUAUUUAGGUCAGAUUGGCCUACGUGAUCAGCAUGGGCAACCGCUGCGGACAGAAGGGAACGCGCCAAACCGUGUAACGCAAAUGACCGUGGAUGGAAACGAGGGAGGUGCGACCUGCGUAAAUGAGGUGGCCGCGGUUUCUAUGGGUGUAGAAGAGAGACCGUCACAGCAAAGUACUCCAAGCAGCUUCCUUCGUCCUACUCGUGAGCUUCCUCCCAGUUCGUCUUUUCAUGUGCCGGCCACCCAUGUAUCUGCUCCGGCAUGUUAUCAGUCGGCUGCGGCACAUUAUGCAGCCACUCCUUCUUCUGCCUGUCCACGACGUACGGCGCUGCCUUGCGCUGAGCCAUAUUUUGCAGUCCCGUCUUCUGCUCCACCCUUAUCGGCUUCGACGAUCCAAGCAUACACUCCAAACGAAUGCAGGCAGGGGCCACAAGUUCCUCCUGUGGAGAAGCACGCACAGGCUCUGACAGUGGAGAAUUCAACGAGAAGGAAGCACCUGCAUGCUCCUCGUUACCGCCCUAUUUCUUCAUUUGCGUCUUCCCUGCUUGGUGCGCUUGCAACUGUCGAGUGGAGAACUGGGGUAGCAGGCCAGCGCCUCUCUACAAAGUUCAGUUAUUUGCGUUGCCUCCGAACUGGGGAGUCUCUGUUUUCCACCCAUUGGAAGAGCGGGUGUGAGGGUCUGUACUUUGAUUACCGAAAGGCCCUGUGGAGAGUGCAGCAUUUCCGAGAAGGAAAAAAGAAAUCGAGGGGUUUCUGCCCGAAACGGCUGGGCGGUUUGGACGCAGCGAAAAACGUGGCAAUGCUGUAUCGAAUUUACGCAGCAGAAAGGGAAGACAUUGUGAGGGGAAAACUGAUGGAGCUUGCUCUGGAAUGGAGGCAGGAUGUAGGGGACGCAGGACGCGAAGGUUCGCACAGAAGUGAACUGGAAUUGGGGACUUCGGCCAUCAUGCCAGAAUGCCCGAUAAUUCCACCGCUUCCGCCUGCCGCAACCGUGGUGGAAGGGAUCCUGAGGAACGAGGCAGAGUCAGAAAGAGAUUCGCCAAGCGCGCUUCUCCAAUCUGCAAUGCAUAUCGUGGCCCAAAUGCGUCCCUCAGAUGCUCUUGGGCAGGAGGAGGCGCGGGGAAGCACCAGCGUGUGUCUUCGGAGUAGGCCCUUGGAUGUCGCUGUUGGUCCACCCCGUUGA